AUGACCAUACCUGUCCCUAAACCGGCUCAUCCGGCCGCGCCUGACACCAACACAGACGGCUUACCGAACCCGAAAGUCGUGGUCCCAGUCGAAGCCGACGAGGAGGAAGACGACGACGACGAGGAGGGUAAAGAGGACGCGGAUGGGGCUGUGCCUGCGGCAAGUCAUUUUUCUACACAUGCACUAGAUGGAACGAAGAAGAAGAAGAAAAAGAAAAAGAAACCCAAGAAAAAGAAAACAGGAGAAGCAGGAGCGGGAGGACAGAGUGAACCACCCCGAGUACCGGUCUCGAAAUUAUUCCCGAAUGGGAACUAUCCCAGUGGAGAAGAGAGCGCAUAUUUAGGAGAGAACAGUUAUCGGACGACGAGUUCGGAGAAACGAGAACUAGAGAGAUUGGCGGCCCAAGAAGAUCCCGAAUCGGCCGAGAAUUACAAUUCGAUCCGCAGGGCUGCCGAGGUGCAUCGACAGGUCAGGAGAUACGUCCAGCAGACCGUCAAGCCUGGGAUGUCGAUGACCGAGAUCGCUGAGAUGGUCGAGGACGGCACCCGCGCUCUCGUCGAGGUCGACGGCUUGCAGAGAGGGAUCGGGUUCCCUACUGGAGUCAGUCUUAACCAUUGCGCGGCCCAUUAUACUCCUAACGCUGGUGAUACCAUCGUGCUCAGUGCAGAUGAUGUCUUAAAAGUGGACUUUGGAGUUCAGAUUGGCGGUCGAAUCGUCGACUCGGCUUUCACAAUGACGUUCAAUAACAAGUAUGAUAAGUUACUCGAAGCUGUCCGAGCUGCUACUAACACUGGUAUACGUGAAGCUGGAAUCGACGCUCGACUGUCUGAUAUUGGGGCUAGUAUCCAAGAAACUAUGGAGUCUUAUGAGGUCGAGGUAGAUGGGAAAGUUCAUAAAGUCAAGUCGAUCCGAAACUUAACGGGUCAUAAUAUCUUACCCUACCAUAUCCAUGGCGGAAAGUCAGUCCCCAUCGUCGCUAAUUCGGACGAAUCUGCAAUCAUGGAAGAGGGUGAUCAUUUCGCGGUGGAGACUUUUGGAAGCACCGGUCGUGGUUACGUGAUGGAUGAUGGAGAGUGCUCUCAUUAUGCUAAAAAUCCGGAUGUUAAUAAACCAAUCAGACUCGCUCGGGCUAAAACUUUGUUGAAUACAAUCAAUAAACAUUUCGACACUUUGCCGUUCUGUAAACGAUACUUAGAUCGUCUCGGUGAAUCACGUUAUUAUGCCGCUCUUGAUAACCUUGUCAAUUUAGGUAUCGUCCAGGCCUAUCCUCCACUCAGUGAUAUCCAAGGAUGUAUGACUGCUCAAUAUGAACAUACAAUCAUCUUGAGACCAACCUGCAAGGAAGUUGUUAGUCGAGGUGAUGAUUACUAA